AUGACGAUCACGAUGCAGUCGACGCCGGGAAGCUCUGGUUAUUUGGAUUUGUAUCCGGAGCGGAAGAUGUCCUUUUUCAAAAAUCCUUACAUUCUCGGCCUCGCUUCCGUCGCUGGCAUCGGUGGUCUUCUCUUCGGCUACGACACUGGUGUCAUAUCAGGAGCUCUUUUGUAUAUUAAAGAUGAUUUUGAGCAAGUUCGAGCCAGUAAUUUACUCCAGGAAACCAUUGUCAGCAUGGCAAUUGCUGGGGCAAUUGUUGGAGCAGCACUAGGUGGUUGGAUUAAUGAUGCUUAUGGACGAAAGAAGGCCACCCUCUUGGCUGAUGUUAUUUUUACUCUUGGAGCAAUUCUCAUGGCUGCUGCACCAGAUCCUUACGUUCUCAUAUUGGGACGUCUUCUGGUUGGUUUGGGUGUUGGCAUCGCUUCAGUCACUGCUCCUGUAUAUAUUGCAGAAGCAUCACCAUCCGAAAUAAGGGGAUCAUUAGUAAGCACAAAUGUGCUCAUGAUAACUGGUGGACAAUUCAUUUCCUAUCUUGUAAACCUUGCUUUUACAGGGGUUCCUGGGACAUGGCGAUGGAUGCUUGGUGUUUCAGGUGUGCCAGCAGUUAUUCAGUUUGUUCUCAUGCUCUUCCUGCCUGAAUCCCCAAGAUGGCUAUUUACAAAGAAUAGAAAACAUGAGGCUGUUGAUGUGCUUUCUAAGAUCUAUGAUGUUGCUCGGUUGGAAGAUGAAGUUGAUUUCCUGACUGCUCAAGCAGAGCAGGAGCGUCAAAGAAGGAGCAAUAUCAAAUUCGGGGAUGUUUUUAAAUCAAAAGAAAUCAGGCUAGCAUUCUUUGUUGGAGGCGGACUUAUGGCUUUUCAGCAGUUCACAGGUAUAAACACAGUCAUGUACUACAGCCCAACAAUUGUCCAAAUGGCUGGGUUCCAUGCCAAUCAGUUGGCUCUUCUCCUAUCUCUGAUAGUUGCUGGCAUGAAUGCUGCGGGAAGUAUUCUUGGCAUUUACCUUAUCGACCAUGCAGGACGAAGAAAAUUAGCUCUUUCUAGCCUCGCAGGAGUACUUGUAUCAUUGAUAGUCUUGGCCUUUGCAUUUUAUAAGCAAUCAACAUCUUCAAAUGUGUUGUAUGGAUACCUUGCAGUUGCAGGCUUAGUCCUGUAUAUUUCCUUUUUCUCCCCAGGAAUGGGGCCUGUGCCAUGGACUCUGAACUCAGAGAUAUAUCCGGAAGAAUAUCGAGGUAUAUGUGGGGGCAUGUCAGCUACCGUGUGUUGGGUUUCAAAUUUGAUUGUCUCAGAGACAUUUCUUUCAAUUGCGGAGGGUAUAGGGAUUGCCUCUACUUUCCUGAUUAUUGGUGGUAUAACUUUGGUUGCAAUUGUAUUUGUGGUUGUGUAUGUUCCCGAGACCAAAGGAUUGACAUUUGAUGAAGUGGAAGUAAUAUGGAGGGAGAGAGCUUGGGGCAAGAACCCCAACACACACAACCUACUUGAGCAGGGAAGUCAUUCCUAA